AUGAGAAGAAGGCGAGCAGACACUUUGAACAUUGUGAGGCAACUCGAUGCUUUCCCUAAAGUAUCCCAAGACUACCAGAAACCUACUGCCAGAGGAGGCACAUUCUCUCUCAUCUCUCUAUCCCUUAUCAUCAUCUUGGUCAUCUCAGAGUUCAUCUACUACACCAGCUCACAUUAUGUGUUCAGAUACACUGUGGACACGGACAUGGACUCUCAGCUACUCAUUACUCUGGACUUGACCCUUGCCAUGCCUUGUCAGUACCUUGGUGCAGAUAUUGUGGAUUUAGCCGGAGAAAGUCAAUCGUUGGCUACUCACAUGAAAAUGGAACCAGCUCUGUUCGAGCUUUCUGACUAUGGAAAUAUGAUCUUCAAAGCAAAGCAAGAAAUACUAUCAAGAUUUAGCAAGUCUCGAUCUCUCAACGACUUCCUAGUGGUGGAUAACUACAAGAGUCUAAAAAUUCCGAAUGAGCCCCCACCAAAAACUGAAGCAACAAGUUGUCGAAUCCAUGGCUCCAUGUUUACCAAGAAAGUUGCGGGCAAUCUUCAUGUCACUAUGGGACGCUCUGUACCACAUCCACAAGGACACGCUCAUCUGAAUGUCUUUGUUCCCCCUCAUUUAGUAAAUUUUUCACAUCGAAUCGACCAUUUCUCGUUUGGACCUUUGGUUCCUGGUGCUAUCAACCCUCUAGACGCCACUCUCAAGUCUACAGUAGACAAAAACCAUGUGUUCCAGUACUUUCUUCGUGUUGUUCCCACCAAGUUCAAUACGUACCAGCACAGUAUGAGUACAAGUCAGUACUCCGUUACCGAACACAAUCGAACAAUCAACCAUGGUCAAGGAAGUCACGGAAUGCCAGGUGUAUUCUUUAAAUUUGAUAUGAGCUCAAUGAUGGUUCUGAUUAAUGAAGAAAGGAAACCAUUCUGGCAGUUUCUGGUUCGACUGAGUGGAAUUAUCGGAGGGAUCUUUGCCACCAGUGGCAUGCUACACACGCUAUUCGGAUCGUUCACGGAUGGAGUUUUGUGUAAAUUGUUGAGACAAGAAAAGAAAAAAGACUCUGGAACACUCAAUGAUAGCGUAGAUGAAACUGUUUCCAAUAGAAAUGUUAGUUAAUACCCUGUAUGUAUAAUAGAGUUUUGAAUUGAAUUUCCAGUGUUAGGCCCUGAUAAAUUAUGCUUUUUUUCACCCAUUAUUCUAUUCAUUUAUUCUUGAAAAAUG